GGGGUAGCGCCGGCGGAGCGCGGAGCCAUGGGCCAGGCUGGUACCUGCGGCGCGGCGCGGGCGGCGGCGGCGGCAGUGCCGCCGCUGCUGCUACUGCUGUUGCUGCUGGCUCGGCGCCCGCCCGCCGCCGCGGGCGACGGCUGGACGAGCGAGGCUGGCCUGGUACCCGAGCACUUCUCACAGGCGCCACAGAAGCUGUCCUUCUACAGCUGGUAUGGCAGCGUCAGGCUCUUCCACUUCCGUGUGCCCCCAGACACUGCUCGGCUGCGCUGGCUGCUACAUGUGUCCCAGGAGAGUGGCCCCACAUGUGCAGAUAUGGAGAUUACCGUGCACUUCCGCUAUGGGGCCCCUCCUGUCAUCAACCCACUGGGCACCAGAUUCUCCAACACCACCUCCGUGCAGCCGUCCUUCCACAUCAGGACCCUGUUUAGCACCAUGUUGCUGGGCAAUACUUCCAUCAACAUCUCCCACCCUGCCCCAGGGGAUUGGUUUUUGGCCGCCCACUUGCCCCCCUCCUCCCAAAAGAUUGAGGUGAAGGACUUUGUUCCCACCUGUGCCUACAUCUUCCAGCCUGACAUGCUGGUCAUGCGAGUGGUUGAGGUCUCCAUCCUGGAGCCCAAUGUGCCCCUGCUGAAGACCCUCCUCUCCCGCCCUACCUACCUCAAGAUCUUUAUCCCUGAGUACACCCAGGAACUUCGGCUGGAACUUCAGGAAUGUGCAUCCAAAGACAGCCCAGGCUGCCCUGUGCAGCUCACGUUGGGCACAGCCACCCUGCCCAGAAACUUCCAGAAGGUGCUGACCUGCAGUGGCCCCACCCCCUCCUGCCAUGUACUGUUGCCCUCGCCACCAUGGGGCCGAUGGCUGCAAGUGGUAGCUGAGAGCCUGGCAGGGCCUCAACUGUCUGUGGCCUUCAGUGCUGAGGCUGUACUCAAAGCCUGCAGGCCAUGGAGUAUGACUUUACAACGCCUUGUGCAAAACAGUGCAAACCAGAGCAACGACACCUCCGCAGGCCAAUUGUUCCCACAUCCUUAUCACCAGGACCUGGGCAGAUGUGGCAGAGGGUGCCGUGACCCCUUCUGUCUCCUGAACUAUCCACUCAUGAGGGAGGACAUGAAUGUGCUGUCUGUGCGCUUCCAGCCCCUGGAGGGGGUGGUGGUACUACUGCACUCGGACUCACCCUCUAUAAUGCGGCUCCGCCUGGACACAGGCAUGGACAAUGGAGGGUCCCUCACUAUCAUCCUGAGAACUAACACGACAGAGAUUACAAAUAGCACCCUGAUAGCUGCUUGUGUGAAUGCUGCUUCACCCUUCCUCAGUUUCAAUGCUUCACUGAACUGUACCACAGCCUUCUUCCAGGGCUACCCUUUGUCUCUGAACACUUUAUCUACCACGGCCAGCCUCACCAUCCCCUAUCCAGAGACAGACAACUGGUACCUCUCCCUGCAGCUUGUGUGCCCAGAGAGUCCUAGGGCCUGUGAACAGACCACGGCCCGAGUGGAGACCACCUUGAGCCUGAUGCCCUGUUUGGAUGAUUGUGGGACUUAUGGCCAGUGCCUCCUACUCCGCAGACACAGCUAUGUGUAUGCAGGCUGCAGCUGCAAGGCGGGCUGGCGUGGGUGGAGCUGCACGGAUAACAGCACAGCACAGACUAUGGCUCAGCAGAAGGCAGCUGCACUCCUGCUCACCCUCAGCAACCUCAUGUUCCUGGCUCCCAUUGCUGUGUCAGUACACCGUGCUUUCCUGGUGGAAGCCUUCGUCUACUUGUACACCAUGUUCUUCUCUACGUUCUACCAUGCCUGUGACCAGCCAGGGGAGGCCACACUCUGCAUCUUCAACUAUGACACGCUGCAAUACUGCGACUUCCUGGGCUCUGGGGCAUCCACCUGGGUCACCAUCCUCUGCAUGGCCCGGCUGAAGACGGUUCUGAAACAUAUCCUGUUUGUCCUGGGCACACUGAUCAUGGCCAUGUCCUUACAGCUGGACCGCAGGGGCAUCUGGAACUUGAUGGGGCCCUGCCUUUUUGCCUUUGUGAUCAUGUCCUCCAUGUGGGUGUACCGUUGUGGGCAUCGGCACCAAUGCUACCCUACCUGGCAGCGCUGGGUCUUCUACCUCUUGCCUGGCAUCUCCAUGGCCUCUAUGGGCAUCGCCAUAUACACCUCUAUGAUGACUAAUGACAACUAUUACUAUACACACAGUAUCUGGCAUAUCCUGCUGGCUGGAAGUGUAGCCUUGCUGCUGCCACCACAGGAGGAACAAGUUGAGCCCUGGGCCUGCUCACAGAAGUUCCCCUGUCACUAUCAGAUCUGUAGGAAUAAUCAAGAUGAACUGUACACAGUGACAUAACAUGGGCAGCUCAGAGACAUCUGCUGCUCUGAUGGACUUUAGCCAGGAGCAAAUACAAGGAAGAGGAGCCCUACCUAGAUUGGUUCCCAGCAGAAUAAAAUUGUCCUGAGACUGCUUCCGUCUA